AUAAUCUAUCUAUUAUCACUCCUUCUCCUGAGCAAAUUAAUUCAACCUAAAAAGACGUUAACACCCUUCCAAACCUGGAUACCUCUCUUUUCAUAAUCUUAAUCCCAAUUGAACUGACGCUAAUACCCCUCCGAGCCUUCUCAGUGUGAAUUGAAAAUAUGCGAUCAUCCCUGGAUUCUUCCAUCUGUCCGCCAGCAUAAUCCGUUCCUCAUCUGUGUUUGUAUUCCUUUUUCCGGUCAACUCGCCGACCCAGUUCUGGUUCUUGCCCGGACAGUUGCUGGUUGCUAUAAUCACAACAGUGGUGGAGAAACAACAACAACAGAUACAUUGGUACAAGUUAUGAGCGAGGCCUUUUUGAAGUCAGCUGUUCGAGCUGUUUGUUUAGGUAUAUGUGGUGUCAAUCAUCCAGACGAUCAGGAAAGGAUAUCAAAUUGGUUGAGUGAUGCACCUGGGAAUCACAAUUUUCAUCUUCAAAAACUUGUUUUACCGGAUGGGUCAAUCCGCCGAGCAUGCUUGUCCGGCCGUCCCACCAAGGACUGUUUAUUCUCUGAUCCAGCCCGUGAUGGAGUUAGCUUGUUAAAGAUUCGGAACAUGAACGAGUAUAAUGGAGUGUCUGGUAUCUACAACUGCCAAGGAGCAGCAUGGAACAACACUGAAAGAAAAAACAUAUUCUAUCAAACUCAGUCUGAUGCAAUAAAUGGCUUUAUCACGGGUCAUGAUGUGCACCUCAUUGCAGACAUUUCCAUGGAUGAUAACUGGAACGGUACAUGUGCCCUAUACUGCCACCAGAGCAGUACCAUUCAUAUUCUGCCUUAUAAUAUAGCCAUGCCCACGUCCCUAAAGAUUCUUGAGCGCGACAGAAUUACAGUUACACCACUUAAAAUGUUGGCACCUGGGUUCCAAUUUGCACCAUUUGGACUUGUAGACAUGUACAAUGCUGGUGGAGCCAUUGAAGGGCUCAAAUAUGAAGUGAAGAAUACUGCUCAAUUGUCUGGAGAGACAGAUGCGGAGCUUGCAGAAGCAGUAGUUUCAUUGGAGGUAAAGGGUUGUGGCAGGUUUGGUGCUUACUCCACAACCAAGCCAAGAAGUUGUGCAGUUGGAUCGAGCAAGGGAACCUUUAGAAGUAAACCCCGGGUGCAGACCACCCUACUAGAACCAACACCGGAUUUUGCGGAGGUUCAGAAGCUUAUGGACAAACUUUUGGUGUUGAAGCUUAAUGGAGGAUUAGGGACAACCAUGGGCUGUACCGGACCAAAUCAGACUCUGGAACGUACUUUAAAGAUUGGCUUCCAACCGUCACCAAGUUCUUCUCUUCUUCAGCCUUAUGGUAAUCAAUCAGGUCUAUUUAGUAAGCAGUUUUUUUUUAAAAGGAUACCUAGCAACCGAGAUAUAAUAUAAAUAUGAUGUCAAAGUCUGAUGAGGAGUACAUUGGUGUAAAGCUUUUCAGAGAGCAGACCAUCAGAGACUAACAUGACAGUGGGGCAAACUACAGGAGACUAACAUGACGCUGGACAAUAAGACCGGUGUAAAAUCAAGUGCAAUUAUGAUAAAGAGACGGAAAAAUUGCUUGACACCGGGACGAUAACAAGUGGCAAGUGGGAACCUGAGACCAUAUAUGAACUUUGAGAUAACACAUGAGUCAUCCUAUCAUAAACUUUAUGUCCGCCGCUCACAUUAGUGUACAAGCGUGUGCUUGAUAAAUGCAUUUUGCUGAAGAUAAUUUCUUUUACAACAAAUUAUUAGUAUCAAGUAGAAAGUUUCUAAAACAUUAUUAAAAAAUGUAUUAUAUUCAUAAUAUAAUAAUAUAAUAUGAGGUGUUGUAAAGAUGAAAGAGCAUGGAACCCCCACAAGCAGACCUCAGGUUUGUUUGGUCAACAACUGCCUUAAAUUUACCAAGUAAAAGAUGUUUUGUUUUCUGAUUUUCUAUGUUCAGUGACUCAAAAUCCUGUAAUCUGACUUUUUUUAAUCAUGUAGCCAGCAGCUUCUAGAGAGAGUUUUGCACAAGUAAUGGAACUUGGCAGGACUAAUGGAAAUCGUGACAAUUGCAGUGAGUUUGAUGCAAUCAUGUGUAGCAAGCGGUCCAGAAAAGCAAGAGCAGUUAAGGAUCCUAUCUUUCAAUAUACUCAGCGCCAGAAGGCUCAAGCCGUUUCCAGAGUUUCUUUCCACUUAUUCCUAUUUCAUGAGACAGAGAGACUUGUCUACUGCAUAUAUCAAUCAGAGCUUUGUUUUUUGUAUUAAGCCGUAUUUUUACAUAGUAUACAUUCUAGUAUACAUUCUCUCACAUUUCGUACAACACUUCUUCUAUCGAGUAUGUCCGAGUCCAAUUAUAAAAAUAAGUGGUGCCCGUGCCUUGCACGGGCACUAAUGCUAGUUAUUAUCUAUACUAUACUAUAAUAAGCCAACAUGGGUAUAAUUUGUAGUCCUAGAUUUUAGUUAUAUUUUUUGGUUUGGUA